CACUUUUGUUCCUUCAUUCACCUCUGAACUGGAGAAACUGUAAAUCGCGGGUUCAAUUCCGGAAUAAUUUCUGUACCAUCAUCUUCUCGUGCUUGCAAUUCAAGAACCAACCUUCAAUAAACCCUCAACCCACAAUGUCCGACCCAAGGUUACGCCAGCUCACCAUCAAAACGGGCGUCGUGAAGCGUCUGUCCAAGGAGAAGACCGUGUACGAGAAGGAGGUGGACACCCAGCGGAACCGGAUCGACAAACUGAAGGCGGCCGGCUCGGAUGACCACGUCCUGCGCAAGCAGCAGGAAGUUCUGCAGGAGUGCAUGAUGAUGGUUCCGGAUUGCCAGCGGAGAUUGGCGAAGGCAUUCGAGGAACUCAGUGAAAUGAUCAAAUCUGAAGAAGAGCUGAAGGAGACCACCCAGUAUAUUGCAGCAGAGGCCGCCCUGGAGGACGCCAAAGUCAAUCUUCCCUAAAAAGCUACCGAGAUUUCACUUUAAUUUGACCCACUUGAUAAUUAUUCCGAUAAAAUUAUUUAUAAGUUCCUGAGGAGCCUCUACUAAUCAAA